UUUACCCCGUUUCAAGCGUCUUUAUUUCCAUUGCUAAACUCGUAUGCUGAUGUGCUGUUUGCAAACCAAUCAUUCAACUUUGACAAAGAUUAUCAAAAUCUGAUUGCGCUCCAUAGUCUGAACCACAUCUACAAAGCUCGCGAUCGAGUCAUGAAGCACACUGCUAAAAUCAAGGCCGAUAUUAUGGCCAACAAACAGCCAAUCGAAUAUCGUGAUCAAGGCUUCACUCGACCAACAGUUCUUAUUAUUGCUCCAUUCCGUAACCGAGCCUUUCAAAUUAUUAAAACAUUUUUUGCUCUAUCAGGAUGCACAUCUCAGGAGAAUAAGAAGCGAUUUAUGGACGAGUUUUCACCUGUUCCUGGCGAAGAUGAGGCUGAUAAGCGCAAACCAGAGGAUUACCGUAAAAUAUUUGCAGGAAACAUUGAUGAUUGUUUUCGAAUCGGCAUCAGGUUUUCUAAAAAACAGAUGAAGCUUUUUUCGCCAUUUUAUUCAUCCGACGUUAUUGUUGCAUCCCCACUUGGUCUUAAAAUGAUUAUUGGAUCCGAAGGUGACAGGAAACGUGACUUUGAUUUUUUGUCAUCCAUUGAAGUAGUCAUUUUGGAUCAGGCUGAGAUAUUUAUGAUGCAGAACUGGGAUCAUGUCAAGUCUAUUUUUACUAGUCUUAAUCUGAUUCCUAAAAAUGCACACAAUUGCGAUUUUUCCCGCGUGAGAUCUUACGCUCUUGAUGGCCGGGCCAAAUAUGUUCGUCAAAAUCUCAUUUUUUCAAGCAUUAUAUCACCAGAAAUCAACGCACUUGCCAACACAGGCUCUCAGAAUGUAGCCGGAAGAGUUAAGAUUACUAGGGCAUAUAGCGGCACCAUUAGCGAUGUAGCCAAUCAUGUUCCUCAACUUUUUCAUCGUAUGCAUCAGCACUCUGUUCAAUCAUCGCCAGACACCCGCUUCACUUACUUUAUUGAACAGAUUCUUCCAACUCUUCGUCGCUCAAUGAUACAAAAACCUCACACUCUUAUUUUCAUUCCUUCAUACUUUGAUUUUGUUCGUGUUCGCAAUUAUCUCACUGAGCACAACUACAGUUUUGGUUCAAUUUCAGAGUAUACGUCACGAUCCGAGUGCGAUCGGGUGCGACACCAAUUUAAAAUUGGAGACCUUAGCUUUUUAAUCUGUACGGAACGAUUUCACUUUUUCCGCCGAAACAAUUUGCCAGGAGUAAGGAAUAUUGUGUUUUAUCAAAUACCAACAAACGCUAUAUUCUAUUCGGAGCUGCUGAAUAUGCUUGAACACAAUGCUGGGGAUUUAACAUGCUCGGUCAUCUAUUCUAUGUAUGAUAAACUUGCGCUUGAACGAGUUGUUGGAUCUGUUAGAGCUGAGCGUAUGAUCAGCAGUGUCAAAGACACAUUCAUGUUU